AUGGGCGACACCAAGUGGGGUUUCAGCGCGAAUUACGGUCAUCGCCAUCUUCCCUUCAAGUGGCACCAUGCAGGAUACACAUACUAUGACGUUAACAGCAGUCUGAAGACAUCUUUCCGGCCACCGUCCAUGCCCACAUAUCGGGAUGAUUUUCUUCCAUUGGACACAGACUACCGGGAGCGUGAGCAGAACAGUCGGUGGGCAAUGUCCUGCUACGGAUGCCACCGCAAUCCGGGAUGGCAGGACACCCUGCGCGUGCCGCGCAAUCCGUUCGUGGGCAACAAGCUCCAAGAGAUGAAGUACCUGCGAGAGUUUGGAGCAAAAUCUGUCUCUGCUCCAACGACUCCGCGCCGAUCUGGCCAGCAGCCCGCGGCGCAGUUUCGGAGCCGCGCGUGCUCCACUUCACGGUCGACUCCAAGGAGAAGGACGGAGGAUGUGUUCAAAGCCUCGACCUUAGGAAAGUGGGUAGAUUGA